AUGCUGCCGGCUGUGCUUAUCCUGUGUUUCGUGCCGAUGGCAGCUGCUCUUGGCCGAACCCAGUCCGUUGGUGUCAAAGGAGUACUCAUAUGUAACGAUAAACCAGCGGCCGAUGUGGAAGUUAAGCUCUACGAUGAGGACAAA